GGAGUGAUUGCAGUACUUCUGAGAAAGGAAAUGUGGUUUCUCAUGCCCAUGACAAACUGUAUGCCUGACUGCCUCAUUUGCCUGAUUGUAAAACACACAUUUCCAGUUCACUGUUGUGGUCAGGGAAUCACAUGGUUACCUUGUGUUCAAAAUAGCAUUAUCAGGACUGUAGAUAAGCUUCAGGAUCCAGCCAGCUGCAUCCAAAUGGAGGUUACAUAGAAGUGUAAUGCAUGCUGGUACUGUGUAAACUAAUGUCUCUUCCUGCAGUUACCUGACUACCCUACAACAUUACAAUAUGACAGAGAGAACCAAACACACUCAGUUCAACAGCUGAUGCAAUUCAAUGUACUGUAAAUCAGACCUGGGUCAGAUACAUACUCAACAAGUGCAAACUCUGCCUCCUGAUGUUCUUCUUUGGCUCGAUUGCACCAGUCAAUCGAGCAGAGAAAAGUAUUUGAAUCCAAAACAAUUAGGUAUUUGACCCCAGUCUGCUGUACAUGCAUCCGCCCCAUGUUAAUGUUGGUGGAAGGUGCAAGUCUUAAUCUAGGUUCUGAUGAGGGUACAGAUGUGGUUUUAAUAUGUUUGUGGAUUUAAGUUUUUUUUUUUCUAGAACACAGAAUAUGGCACAUAAAAAUCAGCAGAGCACACCCAGGAGAAGUACAUGGAGCUUCUCUUCUUUACACAUAAGCAGAACUUCAGGUGAAGAUGGAAAGCUUAGACCUGGACAAAGAAGGACCAAGUUAUUCUCCUCAGUGAGAGCAGACUUCUGGAAAAUGGCUACGUCCUCUAACAUCCACGCACAAAAUUUGAGGAUUCUGGAAUCAAUUAAGGAAGAUUAAUUGGUUGGAAUGAAAACCUACAUACACACGGCCCUCCGUGGCAACGGAUUUGAGACCACUGUGCUAAAGUCUUCAUGUGGUACUCACUCCUGGUCCUGGAGGGCCACAGUGUGUGCCGCAACCAAUUCAGACCCAAGAAACCAGGUGAGAAGGUGCCAGAGGCCAUCGCAGAUGCCAACGGCAAGGCGAGGCCUCCAGCAGGCCAGGAACAUGGCACCAUCGGGGAUGAGGAAGUUGACCACGGUCGGAUGAAUACCCUGAGCAGCAUGUGGAACAAUUUUCAGGAGAAACUCUCCAGAGGUGCUAAGGACCCCACCCCGUCCCAGCAUGCGGCCCCAGCCCCUGCUGCGUCCCCGGCCGGGACCUGUGGGCAGGAGCCAUGCCAUGCCAGCGAGCAGUUCUUCUUUGAGUACCUGGUGGUGGUCAGCCUCAAGAGGAAGGCCGAAGGGGGCUAUGAGCCUCAGAUCACAUACCAGUUCCCCAAGCAUGAUGGGAGGGUGAAAUUCCAGAAGCAGGAAGAAGAGACGACCUUAAAAGCCAUCACUCUGUUCUGCUUCCCCGAGGGGAUCAACUGGACCCCCAUGACAGACUACCGCAGUGAGACCUUCUCUUUCGUUUUGACGGAGGUCGAUGGCAGCAGGAGAAAUGGCUACUGCAGGAGGCUGCUGCCCCACGGCAAGGGAGCACGCCCCCCGGAGGCCUACUGCAUCAUCAGCCGAGUGGCCUGCUUCGGCCUCUUCUCAAAGAUCUUCGACGAAGUGGAAAAGCGGCGACAAAUCGCCAUGGCGAUGAUAUACCCUUUCAUGCAGAGCCUGCGUGAGGCACCCUUCCCCGCUCCAGGUGACACGGUCAAGAUCAAGAGCUUCAUCCCCGAGUCCGGCACGGAGAUCAUCAGCCUGACCCGGCCUCUGGACUCGUGGCUGGAGCACGUGAACUUCCACACGCUGUUCCACUGCCUGAGUGACGCGGAGGUGCUGCAGGUGUUCGCUGCCACCGUCCUGGAGAGACGCAUCAUUUUCGUCGCUGAAGAGCUCAGCACCCUGUCUCAGGUGAUUCAUGCAGUGACCGCCCUCCUCUACCCCUUCACCUGGCAACACACCUUCAUCUCCAUCGUUCCAGAGAUCCUGAUUGAUGUCGUCAUGGCUCCCACUCCCUAUUUGCUGGGGGUGCAGAAGCACAUGCUGGACUGUGUCACGGACCACACUGAUCUGCUCAUUGUGGAUUUAACAGAAGGAGCUGAGAACACCUUCAUUACCAGUAUGGGGGAUGAGAAUACCAUCCUGCCGCGGAAACUAGAAGAAGAAAUCCUGCUGGCUUUAAGUGCUAGGAAAGAGAAUUCAACUCCAGAGGAGCUGAAGAAGGUGGUGUCCGAAGCGUUCCUGCCCUUCUUCAUCAAGACGGUGGGCCACUUCACCUCCCACAUGAAGCGCGAGCGCCGUGGCCAGCAAGGCGUCUUUCAGAAGAAGAGCUUCUCCAAGGCCGUGGAGCCGAAAGCCACCCGCCAGUUUGUCAAGAAGUUCAUGCAGACGCAGAUGUUCGAUCUCUUCAUCCAGGAAUUGGAGCAGCAGCCGGUCUUGAAGGAAGGGGUUUUCCAGAAGAAGAUUGCUGAGUAUCAGGAAAAGAGAAAGGCAGAAAAGGCAAAGAAACCCUAAAAUGGAUUGGGUUAAUGGGGGUGAGGAACUAGGCCAAUGCUGUAGAUAGGGCUGCUUUUGUAAAUAUGCUGCUUUCAAGAGUAAAUGUAUUUUUUAAUGCAAUUUUUGUAUAUCUACAUUUGGGGGGGUUAAGUUGUGACUGGUCCAUGCUGCUAUUAGUUUGUAGUUUUAAAUCAUUGGGCUGGAGAGGUAUGUUUUGAAGUGGAUAUUUUGUCCCCAUGGUUGGGCCCUCAAGCAUUUGGUAGCUGACAUGGGCAAUGUACCUGUACUUACCUCUUCCAUACUGUGUCUGAGCCUCCUUUUUACUGUAUCUCCCCACAUGAUGGAGGAGAAAGGGGUAAAUAAAGAGUUAUUUGAAUGAUCAUUUCAA